GGGAGAGCAGGCAGGGUUGUCAGAGAACAUGGGGGAGAGCGCGCUGGCGUCUGGGCCUGUGCCCGGGGCGCCUGCCGGGGGUCCUGUGCACGCCGUCACCGUGGUGACCUUGCUGGAGAAGCUGGCCACCAUGCUGGAGGCGCUGCGGGAGAGGCAGGGUGGCCUGGCCGAGAGGCAAGGCGACCUGGCGGGCUCGGUGCGCCGCAUUCAGAGCGGCCUGGGCUCAUUGAGUCGCAGUCACGACACCACCAGCAACACACUGGCGCAGCUGCUGGCCAAGGCGGAGCGCGUGGGCUCUCAUGCCAACGCAGCCCAAGAGCGGGCGCUGCGCCGCGCUGCUCAGGUGCAGCGGCUGGAGGCCAACCACGGGCUGCUGGUGGCGCGCGGGAAGCUGCACGUUCUGCUCUUCAAGGAGGAGACUGAAAUUCCAGCCCGCGCCUUCCAGAAAACACCAGAACUCUUGGGCCCCGAGAACCAGUCGGUACCGGGCCCAGAGCAGCCAGAGGAUCAAGUUGGAGAGAGUUCAGACGAGGAGCCGGUGGAGUCCCGGGCUCAGCGACUGCGACGCACCGGCUUGGAGAAGGUACAGAGCCUAAGAAGGGCCCUUUCCAGUCGUAAAGCACAACCCACACCAGUCAAGCCGCCACGCCUAGGGCCUGUCCGGAGCUCUGAAGGCCCACCAGAUGGCCAGCCUGUAGCUCAACCAGCUGCACCGGAGGAGUCCUCACUAGAGUCUGCCCUGGAGCCAGAACCUCCUCAGGCUACCAAGGAAGAUCCCGAAAGGCCUGUGCUUCAAAUAGAGAGUGCAGCCUGAUCGCUGCAGCUGCCUGCCCCACUCGGGGUUUAGGCCUUGUCCCAAAAUAAAUCCUUAAGGCGUGCAGCACUUACACCCAAAUAAGGGGAAAAUCAUGUAUCCACUGCCCAGUUCCGACCCUCCCUUCCUGGCCUUCCAGUCUGGUACCCUGUGUCCUCUGAAAGAGGAGCAUUCAACCUAAUUUAGUCUCACUGCAAUAAAAGUAAUUUCAUCUAA